UAUGGGUCAAAACCAAAGUGGGUUUUCAGGUCCUCCAGGUUUCAACCAAGGAGGAGGAGGAGGAGGAGAUAAGAAAGGUCAAGAAAAGAAAAAAUAUGAACCACCUACUGGGCCAACUAGAAUAGGUCACAAGAAAAGAAAGUCAAGUGGUCCUGAAGCUGCUACUAGACUACCACCCAUAACGCCAAGUGCUCGUUGUCGUCUACGAAUGUUGAAACUAGAGCGAGUAAAGGAUUAUUUACUCAUUGAAGAAGAGUUUAUUACCAAACAAGAGAAAAUAAGACCAAGAGAAGAGAAACAUGAAGAAGAAAGGUCCAAAGUUGAUGAUAUAAGAGGAACACCGGUUGGAGUGGGUACUUUGGAAGAAAUAGUAGACGAUAAUCACGCCAUUGUGUCUUCAGCAGUCGGUCCAGAAUAUUACGUGAAUAUGUGUUCUUUUGUGGAUAGGGAUCAAAUUGAACCGGGUUGCACGGUACUCUUACAUAACAAAGUUUUAAGUGUUGUGGGAGUGCUGGCUGAUGAUGUGGACCCCAUGGUGUCCGUUAUGAAGGUGGAUAAGGCUCCUUUGGAAAGUUAUGCAGAUAUUGGCGGUUUGGAAAAACAAAUACAAGAAAUCAAGGAAGCUGUAGAACUUCCUUUGACUCACCCCGAACUAUAUGAGGAUAUUGGAAUAAGUCCUCCAAAAGGUGUCAUAUUAUAUGGGGAACCAGGAACUGGAAAAACCUUAUUGGCUAGAGCUGUGGCAAAUAGCACUUCAGCAACUUUUCUUCGUGUUGUAGGUUCCGAACUUAUUCAGAAAUACUUGGGAGAUGGUCCCAAAUUGGUACGAGAAUUAUUUCGAGCUGCAGAAGAAAUGGCGCCUUCCAUAGUGUUCAUUGACGAAAUUGACGCUAUUGGUACAAAGCGAUAUGAAGCAACUUCUGGUGGUGAACGUGAAAUACAGCGUACUAUGUUGGAAUUGUUGAAUCAAUUGGAUGGGUUUGACUCGAGAGGAGAUAUCAAAGUAUUGUUAGCAACCAACAGAAUUGAAACACUGGACCCAGCUCUUCUUCGUCCUGGUAGAAUUGACCGAAAGAUUGAGUUUCCAUUUCCAGAUGAGAAGACUAAACGUAAAAUAUUUCAGAUUCAUGCUGCGAAGAUGACACUUGCAGAUGACGUCAACUUGGAAGAGUUGGUAAUGACCAAGGAUAACUUGUCUGGUGCAGAUAUCAAAGCUAUUUGUACGGAAGCUGGACGACUUUAGAAAGGCUCGUGAAAAUGUUUUGU